ACCACUUCCUACCCAAAAUUGGGCUUAGACGAAACAACGAGCAAGAAUUCGAAAACCCUCGAAUCUUCCCCAAAUUGCCUAACUUCCCAUUAAUACCUGUCUCUCCCUUGACUCCACCCCUUCCCAAAAAUUUAACAAAAUAAAAGAAAAAUAAACCUUGAUCCAUUCAGUUCCUUCAAUUCUCAGGUGUGCAAGGGAUGGCGAAUGGGUUUGGGGAAUCAACAAGCAUACCGCCCCCAAGUCCAUCUUGCUCGGGUAGUAAUAAUGCUAAUGAUGCUGGUGAUUUUGAAUGCAAUAUCUGCUUCGAAUUAGCUCAAGAUCCUAUUGUCACUCUUUGCGGCCAUCUCUUCUGUUGGCCAUGCCUAUACCGAUGGCUGCAUCAUCACUCGCAUUGUCAAGAAUGCCCAGUCUGCAAGGCCCUCAUACAAGAGGAAAAACUCGUUCCUCUUUACGGCAGGGGCAAAAACCAGACUGAUCCACGUUCAAAAUCAUAUCCAGGCAUGGAAAUCCCAAACCGCCCUGCUGGGCAAAGACCAGCAACUGCUCCUCCUCCCGCAGAAACAAAUCAGUUUGCCAAUUAUGGUUUUGGACUAAUGGGUGGUUUUGUUCCCAUGGCAACUGCAAGGAUUGGUAACUUCACGAUGGGAUUUGGAGGCCUAUUGCCAUCCUUGUUUAACAUUCAGUUUCAUGGAUUUCCAGAUGCUACUGUGUAUGGAACAACUUCAGGAUUUCCUUAUGGCUUCAAUUCAUUUCAUGGUCGUCAUGCUCAAGGAUUUCCCCAGCCAACAACUCGAGGACACCAAGCAGAUAAUGUUUUGAAGAAUCUUCUUUUGUUGAUCGGGGUCUUUGUGGUCCUUGCUCUGCUUUAUUGGUGAAUUAGUUUCCAUUUAAGCUUAGUCAAUGCUCCUUAUUUAGUGUCUGUGUCUGUAAAUAUGCAAGCUUCAUUGGUGAUUAUGUUUUGUGCUUGACAAAAACUUGUCCAUAUGAUACUGUCACUUUUGUUUCAUUUAGCAUCGGCAACAACUUAUACCUGUCUUAAUUUCUCUUUCAAAGUAAACUGGUCAAAGUUUUCUUUAUACA